UAAAUGGUUCACUUAGUCGAAACAACUAGAAAGAAGGCAUUUCUAUACCAAUUGGAAUCAUUCCUGUUGGUUCUUACAAUUCAUUAGUUUGGACAGUUUUGGGAGUUAGAGAUCCAAUUUCUACUACCAUAGCUAUUAUGAAGAUUAGGCUAUUAGAUGCUCACAAGUGAAAUGUUGUUGGUUUCAAGGUGGUCUUACUGCCACAGAUGUUUUUGUUGUUGAGUGGAUUCAUACUGGUGUUAUCCACUAUGGGAUGACAGUCUCGUAUUAUGGUUUUGUCAGUGAUGUUUCUUUGUUAGAUUUUUUGGAUGCUUAUGACAUACUACUACUGCUGUACUCACCCGCCGUAAUCACCGCCAUUGCCUUCCCAUUCAACCUAACUCUCAGCUACUGUGAUACGAGGAAGAUUAACACAGCAUAAUUUUCUUCAGAUUUGAUUUUGGAAUUGAAUGUCAGGCGCAUUAAUAGGGUUUUUUCCGCUGUUCCAUUCAAAAUGACUACCAAACGCGCUUACAAGCUACAGGAAUUUGUAGCACAUGCUUCUACAGUCAAUUGUCUCAAGAUUGGAAGGAAGUCAUCGAGGGUUUUGGUCACUGGAGGUGAAGAUCACAAGGUCAAUCUCUGGGCCAUCGGUAAACCCAAUGCCAUUCUGAGUCUGUCUGGACAUUCUAGUGGAAUCGAUUCUGUAAGCUUUGAUUCUUCAGAAGUUUUAGUGGCUGCUGGAGCAGCUAGUGGUACAAUCAAGCUUUGGGAUUUAGAGGAGGCAAAGAUUGUCCGCACACUUACUGGUCACAGAUCCAACUGCAUAUCUGUGGACUUCCAUCCAUUUGGGGAAUUCUUUGCGUCUGGCUCUCUUGACACAAAUCUUAAGAUAUGGGAUAUCAGAAAGAAGGGAUGUAUCCACACAUAUAAGGGCCAUACCAGAGGGGUGAAUGCCAUUAGAUUUACUCCAGAUGGUCGUUGGGUUGUAUCUGGAGGAGAAGACAAUACUGUGAAGCUGUGGGAUCUCACUGCGGGAAAGCUGUUGCAUGACUUCAAAUGUCAUGAAGGUCAGGUUCAGUGCAUUGAUUUUCAUCCUCAUGAAUUUCUGCUGGCAACAGGUUCAGCUGAUAGGACUGUGAAAUUUUGGGACCUUGAAACUUUUGAACUGAUUGGUUCAGCUGGCCCUGAGACCACUGGAGUGCGCUGUUUGACCUUUAAUCCCGAUGGGAGGACCUUACUCUGUGGAUUGCAUGAGAGUCUGAAGGUUUUCUCCUGGGAACCAAUUAGAUGUCAUGACGCUGUGGAUGUGGGAUGGUCAAGAUUGUCAGAUCUUAAUGUACAUGAGGGAAAACUCCUUGGCUGCUCGUAUAAUCAAAGUUGUGUGGGAGUGUGGGUUGUAGACAUCUCGCGCAUAGAGCCAUAUGCUGUUGGCAGUGUUACCCAAUCAAAUUGCCUUUCAGAAUGUAAAUCUAGUUCAGGUGGGAAUUUGUCGGUACAAAAUGAGAACAUUGGUAAGGCUAGUUUGGGAAGGUUAUCUGUUUCACAAAAUUCAGAUCCCUUGAUGAAGGAAACAAAAUCUAUUGGAAGGUUAUCUGUUUCUCAAAAUUCAGAUCCUGCUAAGGAGGCAAAAAUUUUGUCAUCCACAGGAGGUGUUCCUGGUACCCCUCAAAAGGUCAAUUUAAAUACAGCUCCAAAGACAAGUGUGACCAGUUCUGUAUCAGCUCCUAGUGCAACAGUUUCAAAGAGGAACUCUACAAAAGUCAAUUCAACAUCCAACGUUUCAGUCUUGAACAAGUCAGAUAUUGUACCUGUUAUUGUCCCCAGAACAAAUACUAGGUUUGAGCAAUCAGCUGAAUCCAGAAAAGAAGUUGACAUUGUUGGAAGAACAAUGCCGUUUUCUUUGCAAUCUAAGACAGCUGAUUUCCGGAAGUUUCCAAAUGGUGGAGAUGAGGUUGACCGGCCAACUGUCCAUGUUCUCUCUGAAAUCACAGGUUCUAAGGCUUCUGAAUUUGGUAGUGUUGCAGAUCGGAAUACCUUCCCUGCAGUUAAAGGCUCAGUCCAGGGAGUAUCUGCUGCUGAAAGGAACAUGAAGGAUGAUAGGUUUGUAGUAUCUGGUCAGAGUGAAUCAAUGCCAAUGUCAGAGUCUCCUGCUAGCAACCAGGAUAAUAGAUAUGACUGUUUGCACGAUGACAGUUUGGGCAAUAAAUCAACUAGAGAUGCUUUUCCUAUGGAAAGUCAAAAAAGAGGAAGAAUGCGUCCACUUGUCAUAAAUUGGGAGAAAAGAGGAAGAUCUCCUCAUUAUGAGAGACAGACUUCUAGUAUUUCCCAGGGAACAGUAUCUACUGGAAGCAUGCCUCAGUUCAAUGUGCUUAAACCGAGAGGAUAUACUCCAGCUGUCAAAAAAGAAAUGGUUUAUGCUAGUGAUGAGGAUGCUACUGCAGAUGUAAUGGAAACACAUGAUCAGUUUGUCAGCUGCAUGCAAUCACGUUUGGCUAAGUUACAGGCUGUUUCUAGAUAUUGGGAAAGGAACGAUUUCAAGGGGGCCAUAAGUGCUAUGCAAAAGAUGGCCGAUCAUGCUGUCCUUGCUGAUGUAAUAAGCAUUGUAACUGAGAAAAUUGACAUAGUGACGUUGGAUAUUUGCACUUGUCUUCUUCCUCUUCUGUCAGGUCUUCUUGAAAGUGACAUGGAUAGGCAUUUAAGUAUCUCUCUGGACAUGCUGCUUAAGCUUGUUAGAAUAUUUGGUUCAAUGAUCUAUUCAACAUUGUCAGCAUCAGCAUCUGUGGGGGUUGAUAUUGAGGCUGAGCAAAGGAUGGAACGCUGCAACCUCUGCUUUGUAGAGCUGGAAAAAGUCAAGUGCUGCUUGCCGACUCUGACCAGAAGAGGGGGUUCUGUCGCAAAAUCUGCUCAAGAAUUGAGUUUGGCACUCCAAGAAGUUUCAUGAGUGAAAUCGUGGUGGGCUUAAAUGCAGGCUGCAGCCAGUUUCAAGUUUGCAUGGAUUAAUUUGUUAAGUUGCUAUGGAAUUGAAAUUUGUUGGUGCAAGAAAGCAUUAUUUGAUUUCUUUCCUUGCCCUGGGUCCUCAAUGUACAUUGCUAACUGGAGGCAUUGCAUUGGCCACUAAAUUAACUGGAAAAGGAGGUAAAUAGAACCUGCUGCUGGUUUCUGCACAGUUAGCAACUAUCAACUCUGAACCUGCAAGGCCGUCCACAUUAUAUUUCCUUCUAACCCAAUCGGUAGCUCAUCCAGAUGUACCUUUUGUUUGUGUGUGUGUGUGUGUCUUUUUUUUUUUUUUUAAAUCUAAUUAUUGUUUUCAACGUGCAUAUACAAACUCCUAACACAUGGACUCUCAACCUAAUCAAAUCUUGAAACAUAGCAAGCUGAGGUUAUAUUGA